UCUGUAGGGGAAAAAAAAAAAAAAAAAGUAAGGAGCUUUCUAAACAAGACUGGCCACAACCUUACCUGCUCAAGGGUGGUCAAUGAAAAAACAAACCUACAAAGAAAGAAAAAGCUCCAUGAGAGAAAAGGAAAAAGCUUAGCUAGCUAUAAAGCUCUCCCUCCUCAAAAGCCUCUUAAAGCUUAAAGAAAGUUGAUUGCAGAAAGCAAGAGCUUUCCCCCCUCCGACCUCUUCUCUCUUUCUUUCUCUCUCCAUUAUCGCCUCUCCUCCUCCUCUUCUGAAUCUCCCUCUCUCUCUCUCUCUCUCUCUCUAUCUAAAGCUGAAACCCACCCACUAGCUUAUUCCAACUGCUGGCUGUACAAGUGUAGGGAUUGAUUUGCUUCUCCCUUGGUUAGUUUCAUAUAGUGGACUUUCACAACAAACUCAUUCCACCCUAUGUUGGCCAACAACAACCACACCAACACUAGUGCCUCCUCUGCUGCUCCUUCUUCUUCCUCUGAUCAUCAUCAUGCCUUCACUCCCUUAGAAAAUGGAGCAGCAGCAGCAGCAGCCACAAACAAAAGAAAACGCCGACCGGCCGGCACCCCAGAUCCGGAUGCGGAAGUGGUGUCUCUCUCCCCGAAAACGUUACUGGAGUCAGACCGUUACGUGUGCGAGAUCUGUAACCAGGGGUUCCAGAGAGACCAGAAUCUGCAGAUGCACAGAAGAAGGCACAAGGUGCCGUGGAAGUUGCUGAAGCGGGAAAUACAGGAUCAGGUGAAGAAGAGGGUGUUUGUGUGCCCGGAGCCGAGCUGCCUCCACCACGACCCUUGCCAUGCGCUCGGCGAUCUAGUGGGAAUCAAGAAGCACUUCCGGCGAAAGCACAGCAACCACAAGCAAUGGGUGUGCGACAAGUGCUCCAAAGGUUACGCCGUACAAUCCGAUUACAAGGCCCAUCUCAAAACCUGUGGCACCAGAGGACAUUCCUGCGACUGUGGCCGUGUGUUUUCCAGAGUGGAGAGUUUCAUUGAGCACCAAGAUACUUGCAGCGUGCGACAUGUUGUCCGGCCAGAAUUGCAGGCACUUCAGCCGGCGGCGGCCUGCUCAUCACGAACAGCGUCGAGCACCAGCCCCUCCAGCGAUGGCCAUUUCAGCAUUAAUAAUAACAACAAUGCAGCUCCUCCAUUGCCCGGAUUACCAGUAAUGCCAAAGCCAAAUGACCAACCUGUUGUGUUUAUAAGCUCUCAUGAGGGGCAUGAUGGUAAUCCUUCCACUUCUAACCACCAACACCAACAGCCACGAGAACAAGUGCUGGAGCUUAAACUCCUUCCAUCGUCGGACACACAAACCUCCCCUCGAAACGAAGACGAAAACUAUGCAACGCAUUUGAAGCUUUCCAUAGGCGGCUCAUCACGCGGUGGUGAUCAAAAGAAUGAUUCGCCACGAAGCUCAUCAAGAGAAAUGAACACAAACAUUGGUUUUGGUGGUAGAGCAAGUCGGGAAGUGGCGAGGCUGAAAGACUUUGCCUCCGAGGAGUUGAAGUUGGCCAUGGCGGAAAAGGCCUACGCCGAAGACGCUAGAAGAGAAGCCAAGCGGCAAAUAGAGAUGGCGGAGCUGGAGUUCGCAAACGCAAAGAGGAUCAGGCAACAAGCGCAGGCGGAGCUUCAAAAGGCUCAGCUACUAAAGGAGCAAUCCACCAAGAAAAUCAGCUCCGCCAUUAUGCAAAUCACUUGUCCAUCUUGCAAGCAACACUUCCAUGCGAGUAAUCCUAGUAAUGCAGUCGGAGUGGGACCCUCCGUCGACGAGACGACCUCCCUCGGCAUGAGUUACAUGUCCUCCGCCACAACCGAAGGAGAAGGAGAACAAUGAAUCAGUGAUGAUUACCACCACAACAUGCACUAGCUGUUAAUUGAAGGGCAUUCAAUUUGUUUGUUUUUUUGUUUUUGUUUUCACAUGCAGCAAGGCUUAUCUAAGCAGAUCUCAUUAUCUUUUUUCCUCUA